AUGGCAGACCCAUCUGCAGGUUGGUGGAAACUGACUUUCCUGAGGAAAAAGAAAUCCCAGCCAAAGGUUCUGUAUGAAAUCCCUGCCGACACCAUUUCCAACUCCAGUGCAGCGGCAGGAGCCACCACGGACGACCCCCAGCUGGACGCCCGACUUGAGAGGAUCGUGGACAAAUCCACCGUCAGUAAGGGGCGCCACGUCAAAGUGUCUCACUCCGGUAGGUUUAAGGAGAAGAAGAAAGUGCGAGCCACGCUGGCGGAGAACCCGGAGAUGUUUUCUAACGUUGACUCGACCAGGAAUGAGAACCAGAUGGCUGGGAAAUGA